AUGGAGCUAAACGAUGAAGUUAAUGGAAAUUAUUUAAUAGAGGUUCGUGUUCAUAUGAUUUGUUUUGAGCAUUUACAGGGUGUCCGCGAUUUGUUAGACAAUGAUCCACAGAUUUUUCUUUCCUUUGACAUAGUUAUUGUAACAGAUGCCAGAGAAAAAUUAUUAAUUCGCCUCAGUCAGCUUUUAAGUGGUACUUCUAUCACUUUAGUUGUAUGCUUCAGUAUUGGAGUCAUUGCAUAUUUAAGAAUCUGCUCUCCUGAACAUGUGAUAGUUGAAUCCCAUCCAGAUUCUUAUUGCCCUGAUCUUAGACUUGAUCGACCAUUCUCCGAAUUUAUUAAAAUGGUCAAUGAACAACCGUUAGAAGAAAUGACAUCUGAAAAACUUCGUCAUACACCAUGGCUUAUAAUUGUUUAUGUUUUUGUACAGAAAUUUAUUUCUCUACAUGGUCAUUUCCCAAGAAAUCAUAAAGAAAAGGCAGAAGUUAAAGAAAUGAUAUCUAAAGGUGCAUCUGAACUUUGGACUGAAUUACGAAAACGCGAGGAUAACCUUGAUUCAUCUUAUGUGUUGGAGAAUUUUCAAGAAGCAUGUCAAGCUGUCAAUACAGCAGUUUUACCGACUACAAUUCCUGAUAAUGUGAAACGAUUACUCAAUGAUGAUCACUGUAAUGAUCCUUGUCUUAUUACCAAUACCAAUAAUAUAUCAAUACCCGGUAGUACAAAUACGAAAAUUCAUACCAGCAAUCAUCAUCAUCAGUUAAACCAAAAGAAUUCACCUUAUACAACUAUUUCAUCAGUGAAAUUCUGGCGUCUUGUUCAUGCUCUACGAGAUUUUAUUGAACAUGAAGGUGAAGGACAAUUGCCUGUACGUGGUAGUCUACCAGAUAUGAUAUCUGAUUCAAAACGUUAUUUACAACUUUUAUCUAUUUAUCGUGAACGUUCUGAAUGGGCAGUGGAACGUCUUGUUUCAAGAUUAUUACAGUUUCCUGAUAUUUCUGUAGACGAUGUACGUCUUUUCGUCAAAAAUUCCAGCUUCUUACAUGUUGUACGUUGUCGGUCAUUAGAAGAAGAAAUGAAACUUUCACCGGCACGUUCCGAUGAUCUGACCUUACUUCCAACACAUGAAGAAAAUGAUUCCAUGUUAUGGUAUUUAGUUCUACGAGGUGCUUGUAGUUUUCUAAUGGAAACUGGACGAUGGCCUGGUAGUUCACAACCUUAUACUAUUACAAAAUGUAAAUUAAGUUCUAAUAAUCAAAAUUCACACCCAACUGAAAUUUCAACAUCAUCAUGUAAAGAAGAAUUGUUUAACAAGACCGCGGAACACUCAAACAUAAAUAUCAUUGAAUCUGAUUUACCGACAUUACGAAUACAUUUAAAUCGUGUUCUUCAAUCGUUUGGAAUUGCAUCGAAUCGUGUCAGUACAGAUUAUUUAGAGGAAAUAUGUCAAGUCGGUGGAUAUGAACUACAUUCAGUGGUUGCAUUUAUGGGUGUAGUUGUAGCACAAGAAGUAAUCAAGCUAAUCACGCAUCAAUUUGUUCCCAUAUCAAAACCAUUGAUUUAUAAUGCUAUAUACCAAAAAAUUGAAUUAUUGGAUUUUUAAUCAAUAUUGUUGUGCAUAGGUUGAGAAUGUGUAUACACCAUAUUGAAUAAAUCUUAUUGUUCAAUUCACCUGCUA